AUGGGAAUGCAGUAUGUUCUGCUGAUAUCUCGACAAGGCAAAGUCAGACUUGCAAAAUGGUUUAAUACACUAUCACCCAAAGAGAAAACAAAGAUUGUAAAAGAAGUUACGACAAUGGUGCUUGCGAGAAGAACGAAGAUGUGUAAUUUUCUAGAAUAUAAAGUAGGAAUCUCGGCAGAUGAUAAUGAACUUAUAACACUGGAAAUUAUUCAUCGAUAUGUCGAAGUGUUGGACCGAUAUUUUGGGAACGUGUGCGAGUUAGAUUUAAUCUUCAAUUUCCAAAAGGCGUACUUCAUCCUGGACGAACUAAUCAUCGCAGGCGAGAUGCAAGAGUCAAGCAAAAAGUCAAUCUUACGAGUGGUUAGUGCGCAAGAUCAAUUAGAGGACAAUGAAAUUACAGAGAAGGGUUGGCCCGAGAAUAACAGAAUUGGAUUGAGAGACUUUGAAAAAUUUCGAUAUGUUUCUUCCUCUUCCCCAUCUUCUUCCGGUUUAACGUACAUAUCGGACAGAAGCGAUCACCAAUACUCGAAUAUGGCUGACCAAGCAACAACAAUAACGGUUCGAACCCGUAAAUUCCUCACCAACCGCUUGCUUCAACGGAAGCAAAUGAUAGUUGAUGUACAAUCGUUUGGUACUAGCGUACCUAAAGAAGUUAUAAGAGAAAAAUUGGCGAAAAUGUAUAAAGCAGACAAAGAGGUCAUCUUUGUGUUUGGAUUUCGAAUUGCUUUUGGCGGUGGUCGCAUGACAGGAUUUGGGCUGAUCUACGACUCUUUGGAGGCUGCGAGGAAAUUUGAACCGAAAUAUCGCUUAGUCAGGCAUGGUCUUGCUCAAACUGCCAAGACAGCCCGUAAACAACGCAAGGAAAGGAAAAAUCGUGCAAAGAAAGUCCGUGGUACACAGAAAACGAAGGCUAGUGCUGGAAAGAAGGACAAGAAGUAG